AUGGCGACGCCUACAGUCACUUCUAUUCCAAGCGCUACUUCGUCCCAAGCAGCCCCAUCUUGCACGACAGCAGUCCCUGGCAAGUAUGGAAAAGUGCCACUGGGCUCGUGCAACUCCUACUAUUCAUUUGACCCCAGUUUCGAAGGCAAUCUCGCCUUUGCUGUGCUUUUUGGGGUUUCUCUGAUUGUACAUCUUGUCCAAGCCAUCACUUUCAAAAAGAGGUUUUGUUGGGUCAUCAUCGUCGGCGCGGCAUGGGAGGCGGCCGGCUUUAUCCUCCGGACGUUGGGGACGCGUGACCAGCAGCAGAUGGGCUACUCAAUCGCCGGCCAGCUUCUAUUCCUUCUCGCACCGCUAUGGAUCAAUGCAUUCGCAUACAUGCUCGCAGCCAGGCUCGUGUACUACGUCCUGCCCGACCAAAAAGUCUUCCGCAUCAAGGCCAGAGUGCUCACAAAGAUCUUCGUGGCGAUUGACAUUGUCUGUUUUCUCGUGCAGGCCGCUGGCGGCCUCAUGAUGUCCAACACGGAGGUGGCGGCGGACGACCCCAUCGUGCGCAAUGGGCAGCGAGUCUACAUGAUCGGCUGCGGGCUGCAGCUGGGCUUCGUUGUGAUAUUCUGCAUACUCAUGGGGCGUUUCUACUUCAAGAUGAUUCGCGCACAGAGGUUCGACCUCAACAUGAAACGGGUAAAGGCCCUGGUGUGGGUGAUGUACGCGGUCUUACUCCUCAUCGUUGUGAGUUUUUUUUUUUUUCUUUCUCUUUUUUCCCGACCUGCCGUUCUACCCAUCUGUCCAAUCUGGUCUUGUCUUGGCCCCUCCCUUAAAGCAUGCGGGGCGAAUGUUUGA